GUCGCUUACUCCUUGAUUCUUGUGUACAUUCUGGCUGCCAAAACGUACAUUACUUUCAUCUACCACAUUGUCACCGAUUUCAGAUGUCUGACUGGUUCUAGGAAGGAAAAGUCUCAUAGGACGAUGCAUGCACUUCGAAGUCCAACUUUCCUACCAAUCGAAUACAGAAGCUUGGAACUUGUUCAUCGCAUCACGGUUUCUCAAUACGGUCCAAUAAUUCCCAUCACAGAAGCCCUUUGCGGAUACAUAAUUAUUCUCGGAGCAUUCAUGCUAAUCCGACAUUCUCGAGAGUUAGAUAAAACUGCGUUUGGCAUAGUUACGAUGUGGGUAACAAGCAUGCUCCUCCUUUUUACAUGGAUUCUCCGUUUUGGGGGAAUAUUCUUUACUGGAUCAAAGAAGACGAUAAAUUCCUGGAAGUAUUGGAGAGAAAGUGGAAAUGUAAUAUGGAACUCAACUUCGACGCUCAAAUACAUGAAACAAUUUUCAAAAUCAUGUCGACCUCUGGCCAUAGAGUUCCCAGGAUACUACAGAAUCAGCAAUGUUAGUGUACUCAAAUUUUGGCAAGGUGCAAUCCGUGGGGUGGUUCGAGUUUUGUUAGCCUUUAAAUAA